AUGAUUCCAGAAAACAAAGGUGAAGAUGAUUCAGCACUUGGUUACCCAUUGAAAUGCCGACGAAAUGACCCAGAACAGCUAAAAGCUGCCUAUGAGAAAGUUCAGGCCGAUCUUGAAGCAGCUAGGGAAUCUAAUGAGCGUCUCAGCAAAGAAAAAGAAGCGUCAGACUCCGAUGCAGCUGCUCUCCGCCAGCAGUUGGAAUCCGCCCAAAGCAAUCGUCGUCGCCGACCAAGGCAGUUAGGCUUGAUUCCCAGAAUGCCGUCUUUAGAUGUCAUUGAGUCCCCCCAUGAUACCAAUACUGAAUCCAGUGACGGAGAAAUGAACUUGGACCCCCCUGUUAGGAAUGCUGGGCAAGGGACCAUUAGGACUUCAGGCGACGACCAAGGUAGCCCGCAGCCCGACCAGACGGAAAUCCUGCUCCAGAGGCUGGUUGCCUUAGAAAAGCAGAACUCUAAGGUCCUGUCAAUGAUGAAAAAGAUGCCCGGCGUGCCGAUCCCCGUCCAGCGAGAAGCUCCAGAUGGAUUCGCAGCUACCCCUUUCUGCAACGAGUUGACCCUGGCACGAAUUCCCAGAAGAUUGUCGCUCCCGACGUUUACGUCGCUAUAUGAAGGAACGACCUGUCCAGAGCAGCAUGUCGAGUACUACAAGCAGCGAAUGUGGCAAGCUUCGAUCCCGUUCGAGUGCUGGGAAGCAUGCAUGUGCAAGUCAUUUGGUGCAACGUUGACUGGACCCGCCCUCAAAUGGCUUGGCAAACUUGAACCAGGUAGUAUAACUAGUUUUGCUAUGUUAGUUAACAAAUUCUAUUCCCAUUUUGAAAGUAGUAGGCAGUUCGACAAGCAGACGAGCGAUCUGUAUUGGAUCGUCCAAGGUCCUAAGGAGACCAUCAGAGCUUAUUGGUCUUGGUUCAACAAAGAGAAAGUCUCAAUCAAGAAUGUCGACAAUAGGACCGCCAUUGAAGUCUUCCUCCGCGGACUGCAUACGGACUCGGACCUGUAUAAAGAUAUGAUCAAAUAUCCAUGCUCAACAUUUGAAGAAGUUCGGACCAGAGCCGUGGCUCAAAUGCGCUUUGACGAAGAUAUCGCCAAUCGCAGCUCCUACCCAAGUUCCAUAAGUUCGUCCGAUCGAAAGGCCGCAAGCAACCCAAGAGGAUCGUGGCGGCAUCAGCCUUACGAGGCAACAGGUAGAUCACGCUCUGUUAAUGCUGUGCAGGUUGAAGAUAUCCUCGACGCCCCCCAAUACCCCGAGAUAUUGAAGUAUGGCUUUGACGUGAAUAUCGUAGCGGUAGUGAAAGAAUUAGAGCCCUUGGGAAGAAAAGUGCGCUGGCCGUCAAAGAGCAACAAGCCAGAAUCGGAGAAGGAUAUGAGAAAAUGGUGCGAGUUCCAUAGCGAUCAUGGCCAUAAGACGGAAAACUUCUAUGCCUUGCGAAGAGAGGUCGCCUUCCAGCUGAAGAGAGGCAACCUCAAGCAUCUAUUGGGGAAAAAGAAAAGCAAUGACGCAGGUCGCCGUGAGCCAGAAAAGACAACGACAGCUAGACCUCCCAAGCCCCCUGUACCUAAGGUAAUAGUUAAUGUUAUCACUGGUGGUUCCGAUAUUUGUGGACUAACCUACUCUGCAGCAAAAAGGAUCGCAAAGUCGACGAUAGAUAAUGCAGAUGUCCCGGACGAGAUCAGAGACCCCCUGGAAAAGAAGCUAGAAGCGAUGACAAUUACUUUCGAUGAUGACGACGUCAACAACAUCAACAGAGAGCAUGAAGACUCUUUGGUAAUUUCUUUGGUCGUCGGGAAUUGUCUGCUUCGAAGGGUGCUGGUCGACGGAGGAAGCUCCGCAAAUGUCCUGUUCAGAAGGGCCAUGGAAGACAUGGGAUUAAAAGAUAGCGACAUCACUAGAAGGUCGACAACUCUAGUCGGUUUCAGUGGAGAAAGCAUGUCAACUCUCGGAGACAUAACCCUUCCAACCUAUGCAGGAGGCCUAAACCCUCAAACCAAAUUCAACAUCGUCGAAUGCCCAUCAGCCUAUAAUGCCAUAUUAGGACGACCCUGGAUCCACCGAUUGAAAGCCAUUCCUUCCACCUACCAUCAAUCAAUCAAAUUUCCCACCCCGUGGGGAGUCCAAGAAAUUAAAGGGGAACCCCGCGAAGCCAAACACUGCUACAAAACAACCCUUAAACCAACCAUGAGAACCGCAUAG